AUGGAGCAGGUUGUUUACCCUAAUCUCACUGAGGGCUUGGUUAUUACGGAUCAGAAGCGUAGAAGGCUUGAUCCAUCUGGGCCUACUGAGGAACCCACUUUUGGGCCUAAUAUUGAGCCCAAUUCUUUUAUUGAUCUGAAUGGGCCGGUUACUAGUCCAAACAAACUUCACCCCAUCCGCAACAAAUUAGGAUACCUGGGUCUUUUCUAUGUAAAAAAUGAAGGCCAUAGCGGUGGUCUUGCUCUCUUCUGGAAGGAUGGCACAGAAGUCACCAUACGUUCCUACUCUAAACACCACAUCGAUGCUAUUGUUUCUCUGAACGCCGGAGACUCUAUAUGGCGCUUUACCGGUUUCUAUGGGGCACCUGAUAGACAUGAGCGACAACAAUCCUGGUCCUUACUCAAGCGAUUAGCUACCUCCAGCACACUACCAUGGGUAGUCAUGGGAGAUUUUAACGAUGUGCUUCACCCUGAGGAGAAACGCGGCGGGAAUCCCCAACCCAUGAGAUUAAUCCGAGGCUUUCGAGAGGCAGUUGAAACAAGUGGUUUGAAAGACUACGCCUUUGAUGGUUACCAAUUCACCUGGGAGCGCUCAAAAGGUACCCCUACUUGGAUUGAAGCAAAAUUGGAUCGAAUCCUUGUCACAGAUUCUUGGUGUGAGAUGUUUACAAGUGCUAAGGCUUGCUCUGUCACCACUCCGAAGAGCGACCACAUGCCUCUCCAUCUACAAAUUCUGCCGCCCCCAAUUCAUAAUCCUAGUAUCAGAUACCGGUUCGAAAAUCUAUGGUUACGUGAAGCACAUUGCAGGGAGGUUAUGAUUGAUAGCUGGUCUAAAUCUCAUGGUCAGGACCUAAUGAACAGAGUGGGCCGCUGUGGAAAAGCUAUAUGGAUUUGGGGGAAAAAUUUCGCACGAGACUUUCAGCGCCGUCUGGAUUUCUGGCGUCGGCGUAUGGAAUCUACUAAGCACAGACGUGACCAACUAGGCAUUUCUCAGUUUUCUGAAGCCCAAGCGCAAUAUCUUCGCGUCCUUCAGCAACAAAGUGACUAUUGGCGUCAAAGGGCAAAACAAUUUUGGCUAAAGGAUGGAGAUACCAAUUCCAGCUUCUUCCACAAGUCAGUCCGUCGAAGACAACAAGCAAAUCGGAUAACUAAGCUCAAGGAUAGCAACGGGAAUUGGGUCGAAGGAGGUACUGCUCUGGAUUCUCUCAUUACUUCUUAUUUUCAUGAUUUAUUUUGCUCUUCUCUGGAUAUUAUGAAUGCUGCUGCCGACUGUAUUGUGCCUCUAAUUAAUGCUUCCCAUAAUGCUUCUCUGAGCCGAACUGUUACCUUCCAAGAAGUAAAAGAUGCUUUGUUUGAUAUGAAACCGGAUAAAUCCCCAGGCCCGGAUGGUCUUAAUCCGGGUUUCUUCCAACACUUCUGGGAUAUAAUUGGCAGUGAAUUGCACCAUUUUUGUUCAGAUUUCUUUCGAACAGGAAAGCUCCCAGUCAGCCUCAAUUCUACCUAUAUUGUCCUCAUCCCAAAGAAAACCAAACCUGACUCAAUGGGCGAUCUAAGACCUAUUGCUCUAUGCAAUACCCUCUACAAGCUUCUAUCUAAGGUUCUAGCAAAUCGCAUUAAACCUUUGUUGGCAAACAUUAUUUCUGAAUCCCAAUCGGCCUUUGUUCCGGGAAGACUUAUCUCCGAUAACAUCAUGCUAGCCUUUGAGUUGAACCACUACCUCAAACGAAAGAGCCAAGGGAAUACAGGUUAUGUGGGGGUUAAACUGGAUAUGAGCAAGGCUUUUGACAGAGUUAAUUGGUACUUCCUGUUAAAAGUCAUGGAAAAAAUGGGCUUCUCUAGUCACUUUGUGAACUUGAUUCGAGAAAUGAUCUCAACUGUCAGAUAUACCAUUCUUCUUGAAGGAAGGGCAAUUGGUACAGUAAUCCCUAAUCGUGGCCUCAGACAGGGUGAUCCAAUGUCACCAUAUCUCUUCAUUCUCAUCCUUGAAUCUCUCCACCUUUUGAUCCAAAAAUCCCAGACUUCCGGGCUGCUCCAUGGCAUAUCCAUAGCCCGAAGAGCCCCAACUAUAACAAAUCUCUUUUUUGCAGAUGACUGUUAUAUAUUUUGCAAAGCUACUCCAUCUGAAGCCGCAGCUCUCAAAAACAUCCUUGAAACCUUCACCUCUGCCUCUGGCCAAUCUGUGAACUACACAAAAUCUACCCUUUCCUUCAGCAGAAACACAUGUACCAACUCCAAGACUGCCUUUUGCAAUAUUAUGGGCAUUAGAGAGGGCAAUCUGAAUGGAAGCUAUCUUGGCCUACCCUCUAUCAUUGGUCGUAACAAACGUGAAAUUUUGGGUUUCAUUAAAGAUAAGGUUGUUGGCAGAAUCAAGAGUUGGACACAUAAAUUCCUAUCUAGAGCCGGUAAAGAAAUUCUUCUUAAAAAUGUUAUCCAAGCCAUACCAACUUUUGCAAUGAGUGUUUUCCUCCUUCCUAUCGAAAUGGGUAAGGACAUUGAAAGAACCAUGAAUAGCUUUUGGUGGGGAUGUACUGGUGACAGAAACAAAGGAAUUCGUUGGAAAAGUUGGGAGAGAUUGAGUAUACCUAAGAAAUGGGGAGGUAUGGGCUUUAAACGUAUUAGGGAAUUCAACAUUGCCAUGUUAGGAAAACAAGCUUGGAGACUUGUUCAACAACCUAACUCCUUGUUAUCCAGAGUUUAUAGAGCAAAGUAUUAUCCCAACUCAUCUUUCUUUGAUGCUCAACUUGGAAGCAAUCCCUCUUUCAUAUGGCGUAGCAUUCUUGAAGCCCAACACACUCUUAAGAUGGGCUGUCGAUGGAGGAUAGGAGAUGGCAACUCUGUCAAUAUUUGGACCGACCCUUGGCUUCCCAAUUCUGAGUUCCCAUUCAUCCUAACAUCUAUGCCGGAUCAUCCUCUUGUUACAUCUGUGGCUUCCCUGAUUAAUGCAGUUGAUCACUCGUGGAAUGCCACCCUUAUUGGCUCAACUUUCAGUCAAGUUGACAGAGAUUUGAUCUUGUCUAUUCCGCUACCGAAUUCUCCUACCAAUGACAAGAUUAUUUGGAUGCAUGAUGAGAAAGGAAAAUUUACUGUUCGGAGUUGUUACAAACAUAUAUUGGGUAAUAUGGAUCAUCUUCAACCCCCUUUCUGGACAAGAGCUUGGAAACUUAAUCUCCCACCAAAAAUAAAAUCCUUUCUAUGGCAGCUAUGCUCCUCCUCCUUACCCACUUGUGAUAAUCUGAGGUCUAGGCAUGUCCAAAUUCCAGAUUCUUGUCAAAUAUGUAACGUUGUAGGAGAGACUGAUUUCCACCUCUUUGUUAUCUGUCCACUUGCACGUAACUGUUGGGAUAUCUUGGGAGGUGUUGAUUAUCAUUCUGACAACACUUUUUUUGAUUGGCUGGAGCGUAUCUUCUCCUCUAAAUCUGAUGCUGAUAUAUGCUUAAUUAUCUCUAUCUGUUGGAAAUUAUGGGAGGCCAGAAAUGAAAAGCUCUGGAACCACACUAUUCUCAAUGCAUCUUUUAUUUGCCUAUCAGUCAAAAACUUCAUUUUUGAAUGGCCUAAAGUAAAUGCUUAUACUGUUUCUAAUACCAGGAGUACAGAUUCUCUUACUUCUUGGACCAGACCUCCUCAUGGAAUGCUUAAGCUCAAUGUUGAUGCUGCCCUUGACUCCGCUAACAAAAGGAUGGGUUUUGGAUUCAUUCUUCGUGAUCACACAGGCGCACUUGUUGCAGCUAGAAGGCUCCCCUGGUUCUCUCUACACAAGCCGAAUGAAGCCGAAGCUAUUGCUGUUCGGGAAGCGUUGAAGUGGAUCAGAGGCACCAAUAUUGAUAAUGUGCUGCUUGAAACAGAUUGCCUACAAGUUGUUAAUUCCAUCUCUGUCUCUCAUGCUUUCAAUUCCUCCUUUGAUCUUUUAGUUAAUGAUGUUAGAUCUAUAGCCGCAGUUUUUAGUAACUUAGGCUUUUUGUUUGCUAAACGGUCCGCGAACAGGGUUGCCCAUACACUAGCUCGGGAAGCCUUGUCUAUGCCUGACUGUUCUGAUUGUUCGUUUGUUCCCUUUCCUUCCAUUGCUCCGUUUUUUAGCAUGGAUCUUGCUUAA